CCGAUGAGGAAUUGAAACAAAGCACAGCCUCCCUCUUAGUCUCGACAUUAUUGUCGCAGUUAGGAUGAUAAUUGAGUGCCGUCUCGAGUUGUCAGGCAGACUGCGGACCCAGAGGUAAAAAUCCCUCACCGAUCCUUCUCCGUUUUUAGUCUUCCCAUUUGGAUUGUUUAUCUCUCCCCCGCCUCUUCUGAUUACGACGGAAGGGGAAAGCCGAGAAGCUAUCCAUGAUUCCAGUGAGGCGAAUAGGUAAUGCGUGAUGGAGACAGAGGUAUGGUUGGUGGAUGGAUAGGAGUCGGGCACACGAUCGUAGGCAUCGUGUACCUGAUGGAAAUUCUGGAAGGUUUUAGUGGAUUUCAAGAAGCCAAUCCCCAGACAGUGAUUGGAGAUAUCAUCAGCCUGACAAGAGUCCAGCCUGCGAGGAGAGUACCUGUUGGUGGAUGAGAGAAGACACCUGCAUGAGAAGUAGAAGUGGAGGAGGAAAUGAUCAGAGGGUUAAUUACGGUCAGGUAUGGUAAAGAUGACCUGCUUGGCAGCUCUGCCUCACCCCGAUCUGGUAAUUUUACGUUCCUUCGAUACUGUCGUGCCCUUAUCAU